GAUCCGCCCCGCCUCCGGAUCGCGCACAUGAACGCGCAUUUUCCUCCGCUAGCUCAAAUACUGCAGGCAGGACGCAGGCCGCCUACCAUUAGGACCCAGGCAACGGAGAACGGGACGGGCUGAUCCACCUUGCAGGAUCCAGCUACAGGACGUAACACGGUCACGUGGAAUCCACAAACGGCCCCCCGCUGCAUCUUGGAUAACAUGAAGAGAAAGACGGUUCCUGUCGCCAGCUCCACCCUAAGACGGAGGGGCCGUCAAGAUGUUGAAAGAAGACUGGAACAAAUUAGGGAGGACUGUACAUUUUUAGGUAAAUACUUGCAGGGAAGGCAAAGGACAAAUAACUAUAUUUCUUCCGACACGUCCGAUCAAGAGUCUGAAGUAGAGGCAAUUCCUAUAAAGAGCGAGCCAAUGCCUGUACAUUUCUUUGAGGACUCUGAUGAUGAAAAGGAGGAGGAAAAUCUCCGUAAAAGAGCCAGAGGUACAACCACUAGGGGGACAGUUGUCCCUUCAACUGUUGCCGCUCCUCUCUCCCGUUCUCCGUCACCUGUGCAAUAUGAAAGUGGACGACCAGCAGCAGAAACACCGUCUACAAGCAGCCAUUUCGGACUCUCUUCCCAAUGGGGAUUGCCUGGAUUAGACCGCUUUCCCUGCUGUGCGGCUCAAAUUCAUAUGCUGGGUUUAAUGGAGAACAUCAAACAGCAGCUAGAUCAAGUGAAACAGCAGCAGGACCAAUUGCUGGCAAGAUUUGACAAUCUUCUUCACAAUAAGCAACAGACAACUGUCCCUGAAGUUGAAUUGAGUGAAGUCCCGGUUCAGUUUCCCCUGAGCACCGUGGAGGAAGUGGAUCUUUUUGAGGCACGGCUCAGUGAUCCCCCCGACUUUCGACUGCAGAAGAGUGUGAUUUCCUCCCUGGCAACCAUCGGAGGGCGUGACUCAAAACGGGUUACGUGGAACAUCCUCGCCCGCAUGUUCAGUGACGAUGUUGGGAAGAGCAUCAACUGGAAAGGGGUGAAUGGCAAAAGGGCUUUUAGCCAGAUGACAUCAAAGACGCUGCUCCUGCAUGCCGUCAGAGAACAACUUGACCCGCGACGCCACGGACGAUAACAUUCUCAAACAUGCAAUUCGGUGGUUCAACCUGGCAGCUGACCGGGGUAGCUCCAGGAGGCGUGCCACUCUCAACCCGCCACUCACUGACCAAAAAUAAGUGUGUGUGUGUGUGUGUGUGUGUGUGUGUGUGUGUGUGUGUGUGUGUGUGUGUG